UACUACUGUGUACGUUUGAAAAAUGGUAAAAUGACUUCUUUUCUACACCCAUUCACUUAGUUUAAAAAAAACAAUAUUAAUAAAAUUAAAAUUUAUUGUUUUGUAGUUUCCAUGGCCAACAUCACUAAAAGAGAAUUCGACAUUCUUGAUUUAUCCGGUCAAAGGUACCUGGAAUGGAAGGUUGAUGCACUAGCUCACCUUAAGAAUAAUGAGCUCUUAAUGAAAAAUCAUAACAUGAGGCCCAUCGGUUGUAGCCCUACAAAUUUUGGCCAUCCUGAUCGUGGUUCAGCACCAGAAUCAAAUGUUAUCCAAGGUGGUGCUCGUGGACACUUUAAACGUGGACGCGGAAAUAACCGCAACAAAGGGCCGAAUAGGGGCUAUAAAAAUCCAAAUGGAUCAUCCUGCAAAGGAAAAGGAAAAUUCAAACCACCACAGGCUAAAACUUAUGAAAAGCCAAAACCAAGUGGUGAAUGCUACAAAUGUGGCAUAAAAGGACACUGGGCGAAUGAAUGUCGAACGACAAAACAUUUGGUUAAAUUAUACCAGGCUUCCACAAAAGGAAAAGGGAAAAAUGUGGAAGCUAAUUAUGCUGAUGAUAUCAAUCCAAUUUUGCCUAAAUUUGACGUGUCCAAUUUCUACAUGGAUGAUGCUGAAAUUGGUAAUGAAGUGACCUUUGGUGGAACUACUACUAUUUAAACAUUUUCAUUUACUCUGUUAUGAUGUGUUUACUUUUUAAAUAAAUGUUGGAAAUUUGUAUUUUAUUUUCAUGUGUGCUUGUAUUAUUAUGUCUCUUCUAAAAAAAAUAAUGAUAAUAAAAUGUAUGAUAUUUGUGUUAAUUAUCUUUAACUUAUAUUUAUUUAUAUAUUUAUUUGUAUUCAAGAUAUGGAGAUAACUGCUUAUGGCUCCAGUGGCAAAGAACAAUGUCUAAUUGACAGUGCCACAACGCACACCAUUUUGAGAAACAAAGAAUAUUUUUCUCAAAUGACAUUGAUGGAAACUAAUGUCAAUACAAU